UUCCCUAUAUGUUAAUAGUAAAAACUUAAAAAAUCUUCUUAUCAAAACCCCAAAAGAGCUAGAGCUUAGAUAUUUAUCAUGAAACAUCUUCUAAUGGGUGUCUACCAAGUUUUUUCAAAUAAAAGCCCCUGGUUAAAAAUUGGCCUUGGCCCAGGGGCCUUUAUACAGGAGAGCGAUUUCAGGGCCAUCAUGGCCCUCUUGUUUUAUUAAAUAGAAGACUCAUGCAAACGUAUGGCCAAGCGUCUGUCUGUCAAUGCCUGCAAACCAGUGUCAUCAACUGUUAAAGAGCUUGAACUGGGGUUCAGAGAACUAAAUGACAUAAAAACAGUUGACAUUGGGACACAGACCGAUUUAUCACUGCCAGUAAAUUGUGCCAGUUUUGGUGAAACUGACAGGAACCCAGGAGAUUGGGUGUUUGUUGAGCCCAAGAGAGACUUAAAGGAAACUUCAAAUCCAGGUGCAAAAUUAUUAAAUAAAACAGCUGUGAAACGUCUCCGGUCAUUUCCAGAUAUGAAGAAAGGGGACAGAGCUAUUCUUAUAGACUUAUUAUGUACUGGAUCUUCAAGACAAAUAGCUAGGGCAGUCAUGGCAUCUCCUCUGUUUGAAGAAAUUAAAACAAUGAUAUUAAGUGACAUAGAGAUUGAUGCCCGUGAAUGUGCCAAUACAGGCAGUGCCUUGUACUGCAACAAUUACCAUGAAUUAAUGCAGUUCAAAUGGGAUGCAAUAUUGACAGAAUUAAUAGAUAAACAAACAUUUUUAGCUGAGGUUUUGAUGGCUGUUGCUUAUCCAGUUCAUAUGAUUGGUAAUAGUAAGAAAUCAGAAAGUCUUGUUCCAGUUUUGAGCACUGUUUAUGGAAUUUUAAUGAAACAUAGGUUCAAGAAACUUUCUCUGAUACAGAAAGUGGUGUCCAUUGCCCUAGCUAAUGAGCAUACACAUCAAAAGGUUUAUGACAGACUACAAAGACUUGGUGUUUGUUUAAGCCACAGUGGUAUGCUUGAACAGAUGUCUGGCAUUUCCGGAAGUUUUAAUGAAGAGUUAAUAAAUGAGGUUAGAGAAGGCAAAAGAUUCAGAAUUGUAGGAGACAAUGUUAAUUUCCAUAUGCAGGUAUCACAGGAACGAAGUGUUGGGAAGAAGGCUCAUAUUGAACAUUGGUUUGGGUCUGCAGCAAUCAUCCAAAAUGUCAACUUCAAUCACUUGUCAAAUGUUACACCACAGAAAGAUUUGCGUCAGACUGAUUGUGUAUCAUUCAUUCCCACAAAUGAUGAAAUGGACCUUAUUGUUCAUGACUUCACCAUGCAUUCUGCUGAAAUACUUAUUGAACAUUUUAGUUGGCUGCAAUUUGCCAAGGCUGCAGUAACUGACACUAUCUAUGACUUACCUGUUGGAAUGGAUAAAAAAAAUAAGGUAAUACCUUUGCCAGUUCUUCAUAAAAAUGAACAAAAAUGUUAUAUGUUAUACAAUAACCAGACACAAAGCAAUGAGGAGCAGCCUGGAGCAACACACUUGUUCUUCAGUGGCUUUACAAAGGACCAAGUGAUGGCAGAACUGAGGCACUAUGCCUCAAAUGAGAAAGGUACAACAAGGCUCUUCAGAAUGCUAUUCAAUAUAGAGGAGAUUAAAGGCUGCUCAUUGUUUGGUAUGAGGAAAUGGAACAGAGAGUCUGACGCCAGACCUGCUGUCUACCAUUCUGCUGAAAAGAAUCUCCCUACAGUUCAUAUAGGUGGAGACCAACUUACAAGGGAACGAUUUUCUGGAGCAAAAUUAUGUGCUGCUAGCUUAACUGAGUCUGAAAGAUUAACAAAUCUACAACCAAUUACCUUUGAAUUGUUUCAUUUGCAAAUGGCAGUUUUAACAGCAUUUUAUCAAAUUCUUUAUGAUACUCAAAAUACAGAACAGUUUACUUUGCACUGCCAGAAAAUACGUCUUAUAAGGAAACAAGCGGAUGGUAAAGAUGUAAAAAAUCAUUACGAUAGUUGCAAAGACUUAGCUGAAUCAUUCAUCAAAGCCUUUAUUGUUGAAGCAGCGUGUGAACAUAUUGGACUUCCAGACACAACUGUGGUCCCAGACAAUAUACCAGAUUAUUCAAGUAUGUCUUUAGACGAGAUUAAAGUUUGGGUGUCAGAGCAGUUUACACCUAUAUUUAAUAACAUUACAUCUGUAACAAGAGAGUUUCUGAAUGGCACUGAUAAUCAGCAAAACAAUAAUGAUGGUGUAAACAUUUAUGCAAAUCUAGUUGUUGAGUUGGGUCUCGUUUACUUGGAAUUAUGCAACAUAGUGAAAAGGCCAAACAGGGACAGACUGCUCAGACUGAUGAAGUACAUAAUGCUGAUUUUGAAAGGGCAUAAUAAUUAUUCAAAGUAUGCUUUAGAAAUUUUAAGACUUUUGUGUCAGCAGUUUGCACUGCUUAGCGAACAAAGUGCACAUGAAGUGAUAUAUGGACUAUUUGUAAACACUGGCAAAUCAAUCAUUCCUGCUGAUUUACAAAUGGAAUACAUAGUAAGACUUACAAAAACACACCUGCGUUCUAUGUGUUCAAAUGUUACAGAAACAUCAUUGAAAAAACGAAGUAGUGCCUUCUUUGGAAUGAAUGAAGUGUCUGAACAUUUGGAUGUUGAGACAUCAACAUUGAAAAGAGCUCAGAAACACAAAAAAUUGUCAUCACUAGAAGAUGAAAAAAAAAUCAUUACUUGUUUGAGGAGGAUUCGCCCUUUCCUACCUGUAAUAGGUCGUAAAAUUAGCUCACAGAGAAAGGACCCUAAAAAUCCUAUUUCAAAAUUGAAUAUGGAUGAUUUGAAGGAAUGGAUUGAGAGACACAAACUGAACUUUUAUUAUGAACUGUAAUAUGUCACAUCCAAAGCUGUCAUCAAUAUAAACAACAUCCAGUAACAAUCAAUACAUGUUUGAAGAAAUUUACAAUGUUUACUCAAAAUUAAUUGUCUGGAAAUAUUGUUAUUCCAUCCAAUAUAUACAGAAGCAGGCGUCCAUGACUAACACUUAGGUCUUUUUACAUAGUGGAAAUAAGUCAUACAGUUGAUCACAAAAAAUUGUCAGGAAAGAAUUAUGCAAUGGACAUUUAGAAACAAGUCAGAAUAUAAUUGUAUGAACAGAACAUGUUUUUUACUGAAAUCCUUUAAUCAGGUACGAAAGAAAAAUACAAAAAGAGUCGUGAUGACAUCAUGAGGAAAGAAUUAGACAUUUAUGAUAACAUUUACACCAUAAUCCAUGAUUUCUAUGAGAGGCGCAAAUCCCAAAAGUAAUUGUGACCUGUCACCACGCAAGCAGAAUGGUUUAGAAAAAAUGAGGUUGGGGAAAAAUGAUUGCAUUUUAUGUAUUGGAAAUGUAAUUUGUUAUCACUUCUUUACUCAUAUUAUAUUUUUAUCACAAAUUAUGCAUUACAUAUUAUAUAAGACACAGAAUUUAUUUAAGAGUGAAUAUUUGGACUAAGUACUUACUCACUUGUUUCAAGUAAUAUUUAAAUGCUUUCUUAAAUUGUUGUCUUAAAAGAUUACAUACAAAAUUAGUUAACGCUAUCAGAGUCGUUAAAUUACUCUAUAUAUAUGUGUGUAAAUUAUAUCUCUUUGAUCCAAUUAAAAAUAUGUAUUUUUCCCAGUAAUUAUGUAAAUGUUAGUUAUUUUACAAAUUAUUGACUCAAGUCAAGUUGGAUAUAUACAGAAUAAUAUGUUGUAGUAGCUUUUUGGGAAAAUUUAUAUGUUUUUAACAAAAACAUUUUAUAUUAAGUAAAUCAGAUGCUAAUUAAUACAUGUAUCUUUCUAAACUUAAUCUUGUUAAAAACUUAAUGUUUCAGUACUAUGAGACAUAAAAAUCAAAGUUCUGAACAUGAUUUUUUUUAUAAUGCAUUGACAAAUGUUACAACUGGCUAUUUGAAACAUGUCAGAAUUUGUUGGAUUAUAGUUUAUAUUUCUUGUAAUAUUUAUUGUGGAAAACCUAUAUAUUGGUUCUUGAACAGAUAUGGGGAAUUUAUCUGUCUCUUUGGUCAUUGGAAUGUUAACUUUAGAUGUUCCAUAGUCUGUCAUGCAAAGUAUAAAUUACAUACAUAAUAUAUUAUAAAAUGAUUGUCUGAAUCAUGUGAAAGAAAAUUUACACUUUAUAUAUGAUUGAACUGACAUGAAUAUGAUUGAAUUGAUGUGUAUAUAAUUGAAUUGAUGUGUAAAUAAUUGAAUUGAUGUGUACAUGAUUGAAAUGUUGUGUAUUUGAUAAAAUUGAUGUGUUCAUGUACUACAUGUAUUUUUUAUGCAAUCUCAUAAUGACCAUCAAUAUAAAUAUUUUAGGGCCAGUUUUUCAUCUUAUAAUUUUGAUGAUAUCUUAUAUAUAUUAUAAAAAUGACUGAUGUAAAGUUUAUUUCAUACAAUUUUAGAGGUUUAAAUGAUAAUAACAAAAGAUAAGAUGCUUUUCGGUUGAUGCGAUUAAUUACACUGUUUGCAAGAUGUUCACUUAGUUUGCAGUAUGCAAAAACAUUUAUAUUCAUUAUGGAAUGCUGAAUGUUAUUUAAAUUUUUUUAAAUUAAAUGCUCGAGGAGUAGCUAAAGUAAGUUGGUCUCCACCUAUAUGAACUGUAGGGUAGCUAAUCUGUUUAAAAGAAAUCUAGAUGUUUAUAAUUAAAAGUAGUAAGAUGAUGUAUAGUAAUAACAUACAAUCUUUUCAAAUAGUAUGUGCAUUUCAUAGAGGAUAUUGAAUGAGUCUUAGUUUAUUGCUGAAUUUAUUGAACAAGUUGAAUAAAGUUAUAUUAUGGAAGUCUCUGGCAAAUAGAAUUUUAU